AUGGCGGCCGGGCCGCCCGUGCUGCUGGGGCUCCGCGACGCCGCCAUGGCGGGGCCGUGCCGCGGAGGCGGGCGGGCCCCCGCCUGGGCCACCAACAAGCUGGGCGGCUCCGCGGACUGGGUGCCCUCCGUGCGCCCGGGCUGUCCCUGCUGCGGGGUGUGCGGGAGGGCGCUGGCGCACCUGGUGCAGGUGUACUGCCCGCUGGAGGGGUCCGCCUUCCACCGCGUCGCCAACGUCUUUGCGUGUGGCGGGAAGGGCUGCUGGGGAGCGCCCCGGAGCUGGAAGGUACUGCGCUCCCAGUGUGCGCAGACACAAGAAAAGGAAACACAAGAUUACAGCGUAAACCAGAAACAAGAAAUGAACUUUGCUGCAAAGGAUUGGUGUGAUGAAGCAGAUGACUGGGGAGUCUGUGAUGGAGCAGAAUCUCCUGCAUGUGCCUCCCUUCAGCUGCUUGGCUUAAAUGAAGCGGUGAGCAGCUCCUGGUCCAGAGAGGUGGAGUGUGCAUCCCAGUUCCAACGGCUUCGCUUGUGUGAAGCUACAGAUGCGUCAGGUUCCCUGAAUACACAUCCUCCAGUCAGCGAGGGAAUGGUAAUGGCAGCGUCUAGUUCAGCUCCUGUGUUCCAGCCCUUUUACAUUAGUGUUGUUGAUGAGGAAGACUACACUGGUUUCCUUGAUACAGAUCAUGCAGAUGAGCUAUUGAAGGAGUAUCAGCAGAGAGAGGGUGUUGAUUUGGAACAGUUGAUGUCAGAAAGUUUUGCAGGUGAAGGUGAUAAUGAAAAAUAUGAGAAGAGUGAAGUCAAAAGCAGGGACUACACAUUCCAUAAAUUUAUGAAAAGAAUAUCUGUGUGUCCUGAACAGAUUCUAAGAUACUCUUGGGGUGGCCAGCCUUUAUUCAUUACACGUCCUCCAGCCGACAUUGACAAAGGUAUUCCAGCCUGCAGUAACUGUGGAAGCAACAGAAUAUUUGAAUUUCAACUCAUGCCAGCGCUGGUCAGCAUGCUCCAGAGUGAUUCAGAUCUGUCAGUGGAAUUUGGAACUGUUAUAGUUUACACAUGUGAGAGAAGCUGUUGGCCAACAAAUCAUCAAACCCCUCUUGAAGAAUUUAUUUUUGUACAAGAAGACCCAGAUCAGAGAUUAUUUAAAUAAAUUGUAUUUCUCCGCA